CAAGGUUGGGAAACAAAGGACCUAUGGAAAUUUAUAGCAGGGACCUCUAUACCUACCUAUAUAUAGUCUUAUAAAUGCUUUCUGAAGUCAUGUUUGUAACUGUCCUUGAAGUAAUGGGUAUUUUAUAUGCCUCUAAAGUCUAAAUUCUAUACGUUAUAUGACCGGAUUUUCAGGGAGGUCGUAGAAAAAAAUUAUAGAACAUGCCUAUAGAGGUAGGUACGUGGGCCAUUUUCCCAAUCAGCCCCUUGAAAGGCUGAACGAAUAUUAACCCUAUACAGUUACAAUUACAACCUUUGGACGCCACUGUAAAAUUUCAAUUGGGGUCGCGCAAACGCAAAGGGUGGAGUUUUCAAUUAAAAAUAAAUUAAAAUCACCCUUAUUACCAGUUCGUUUUUAAAUAGAAGUACUUAGUUUUGUAUUCUUUAAGGGCGAGUUAUAGAUUAUUCGUGAUUAUUUACUUUGCCAGCUGCCAGUAGUUGCACUGUGGAAAUGGAACCACCUGGACCUCAACUGGAUAUGGAUUUUACAAAAAAUCCCCUUCUUUGUCCUGUAUGCCAUGAUUACUUCAUCGAGCCAUGUAUUCUACAUUGCUACCAUACAUUCUGUGCUCGAUGCUUGAAGGGACGGGAACAGGAUCGUCGAUUGACAUGUCCAAUUUGCGGGCAAUACACAUUACUGAAGGAUGGCACUACACUACCCCCUCCCGAUUCCUUAAUGCGUCAACUGAUCGAAAUUGCCAACAGCGAAAAUCCGCCAUGCUCAAACUGUGACAAAAGGGAUCGCUCCAACAUGUUUUACUGCAAUACUUGCGGUCAGUCCUUAUGUUCGAGCUGUCGUGACAACACUCACAGGGCUAAGAUGUUCUCCGCUCAUGAUGUCGUGCACAUGUCAAAGUGCUUCCGUGAACCAAAACGAUGUCCGCAGCAUGGAGAGCAAUACAUUAUGUAUUCUCCAUUGCAAAAUGCGAUGCUUUGCGUUAAUUGCUUCAGAGAUACGCCUAACGAAGUUCGAGCCCAAUGCCUUGAUAUUGAAACUGCCUAUAGUCAAGCUACUAAACGCCUAGAACGUGGACAGAAUGCCAUAAUGGAUUUACAAAGCUCGGUUCGAGAUGGAAUAAUCGCACUUAAAGGACUUAUGGACGAAUUGCGCAGAAAUAUGGAUGGUGAGAAGCACACAAUUAAUUCUUUCUGUCAAGGGAUGCAAGAGGCAAUCGCGAAAACGCACGCCGCCAUGAUUAUGGAAGUCCAACGCCAGUUCGAAAGCAAGGAGCGAAUUUAUCGAAGUCAAUUAUUGCUGUUGGGCACCGUUAUGCCCGUGCUACAACUUCAUUUGAUUUUAUGCACAACGUUCACAACGGCCGCGAAUAAGUAUCAAUUUUUGGAGCUGUGCCCAGCCUUAAUCGAACGUCUGGCCUCAGUAGGACAACUUAGUCAACCCGUCAGAUCGCUACAAUCUUCCUCGAUUAAAACCAAUUACCGAAGCGAAUUCGCUCAGUGCCUGGAACCGUGGGUCGGCAAGGCCGCUGUGAAUCAACAUAUCGCCGAAUUGGCAGCUUCUCAGGUAUACGAAAGUGCCCCACCCCCAACAAAGCGACAGCAAAACAUUUUAAAGGGCAAAUUGUUAGAUAGCGAUAGUACUUUUUCCGCGCAUUGCCGUUCUUUCGAGUCUCAAAUUAGAGAACUAAAUCAGCAAUUUAACAUAGUUAAGGAUCGCAUUAGCGAAUUACAUAAAGAUAUUAUAGCGCUACGCAAAGCACAAACGCCUCCGUUAUUCGCACGUUACGAGAUUUUAACUCGCGACUGUGCAUUGUUAGAUCAACAAUUAGAGAGGCAACAACAGCAGUUAGAUAGAAUGGCUUCGAUUUUCGAGACCUCUUGGGAGGAACAGCUGUGGAGGUUGCGCGUGGAGCAAGAGGUGUUCAGUUGCCAACGUGCAGAUGUGAUGACGUUACGUAACGAGUUGAAGCAUCUGAGAAAUGUUGCGGCACAGUUAGAACCGUACGUAAAGAAUUUGCAACCUCCAGAGCCGUCGGCGCAAAGUUCAAGCGAGAAGCUUAGCGAACAGGCGCAGCAGCUUCAGACGUUAUUGGAGAAUGUCGGGCUGAUGCAGCAAUCCAGUUCACAGAUCAGCAAACUGCCGAGAUCGCGCAGUCGCGUCUUAACGCAGUUGCUCGAAAAAGUACGACCUAAUUUGCAGGAACGUGAACGCAGCAAAUCGGCUGGGCAGACCGACAAACCUCUGGUUCUGACCCAAAAACCGAUCAGCACCCCGCAAAAGAUUAAGAAAGAUUUCGCUUCGAACCAGUACAUCCCGCCACAGUACUACGGCAAUCAGAGUCUUGAAAAAUUUGAGUCGCAAAUUAGGGAGAAAAUUCACGACAUUCUUUGUCAGCGACAAUCCGCGCAGACUCCUCAAAGUAUGCACUCGAAGUCCGAUACCGAAAGCGAAUGGAAGUCGAAGGAGGAUAUUAAAGCGAGCAAAACACCUCCGCGCAUGAAUUCAUUCAUAAAAACUCCAACGAAACAGCGCAUGGGUUAUAAAAAGAUGGGAAAAAGUUGCGAUAAAAUCAACACAUGCACCAAAGUGCCCGUUGAGGCGCGAAAGGCCCGUUCCGAAUCGGAAUACCAACACAUCUCCGAAACGUCCAGUCAAAACGUAAAGGCCUUAGUUCACACUGAAAGCCGUUCAAGCCCGACUUCCCCUAAAUGCAAGAGUAAGCGCAUGCCGCAAAAGCAACGCAAACCUAAGAUCUACCCCUUCAGCGACGGAGAAGAUAACGUCUUCUACUCCCGCCACGAUUCUGCCGAUUCGCUAUCGACCGGUUCCGUGAAUAGCCGCCGUUCGAGUUUCGAGGGCCCCGAUAAGACGCUGAUCGUGGUCGUCAAUCGUAGAAGCAAAAAUAUGACUAUGGCGCAAAAGCAGAGGAGCUGGGAAACGUUUCCGCCUAAGCGCCGUCAUCACAUGUGCCCGAAAUUGUCCGCUCCGGCGCCGAUGCCGCUACGUAAAGCUGACAGUUUCGAAGGCCACGAAGAAGCUGUUAAAAGUCUUGUCGCCGCCGUGCAGGAAACCCGACGGAAAUCGAAGGGUGGAAAUUAAAUAACUAUGACAUUUCCCGUUGUUAAAGCGUC